AUGGCAUCUCUUAGCGGCGGCGGUGGUAGCGGAAGGUCGAUAUUCCCUAAGGGGCCCAACUUUACGCUUGAGAACUUUUCGAACAAGGACUUCAUUGUCAGAGACUUUAUUGAGGACCUUGCGGAUGAUGCGGUCCCUGUAAAUCGACGUUCUGGACCUGGACAGCAAGCUUUCGAUCCCAAACCCCUAAUUAGGACAUUUGAAAGCGCUUUGUCACAGCUUGCGACACUAUCCGAGGAAUUGGGAGAGAAUGAAACCGAACUUCUCACGUCUGUACGGCGCGCCGAGAUCCAGCACGACCAGACACUCGAUACGUUGGGUAGGAAGCUAGAUGAGUCGAUAGACUCCUUCGACACGCUCGACGUUGCGCUUAAUCAGCCAAAUAGUGUUAAUGGCAAUGAACGAAAUGGGCGAUCAGAAGGUGGUGGCUUAGUUGCCGUUCAAAUCGGGGAGAGGUUGGAGGCCUUAGACAAACAACGACGACGAGCGCAGGACGCAAACUUCUUAAUACAGUGCUGGCUUGAGGUCAGUGAAGCCGGCCAACUUACAUCCUUGGAGGAUAUGAUAAGACGGCAGGGUGGUGGAGAAAAUAAGGUGCGAUGUGCAAUUAUUGCCAGACAACUUGUGAGAAUGAGCCAGAGGCUAGAUCCUGCCUCAUGGGCACAGACAAACGGCUCCAAGAAGACGAAUGGUAUUACAAACGGCGUAACGGGUUACCGCGGACACAAUACGCGUGAAAUAAUAGAAAAGUUCUCGGAGACGCUGGAGAAAGACUUGCUGAAGCAAUUCGAUGAAAGCUAUCGAAAGCAAAACUUCGACGAUAUGUUGGAGUGUGCCAAAGUCCUGCAUGAUUUCAAUGGAGGCGCAAGUGUUGUAGCACUUUUCGUCAAUCAGCAUCAAUUUUUCAUUGACCGCAGCCAGUUGAUUACUGAUGAGGUGACGACGGAUAACGAGACAUGGGAACGACUCGCGGAUCCAGAUUCAGAUCCCCCGGGUGUUGAACCUAGUCUACAAUCAUUGAUAGAUGAAAUUAGGGUCGUCAUGCAAGAUGAAUCGUUCAUCAUCAAACGUGCAUUUCCCUACUACGAGGUCGUUCUCACAAAAUUUAUUCAACGGAUAUUUCAGCAAUCUAUACAACAGCGAUUGGAGAUGGUCUUGGAGAAAGCCGAUACGAUAUCAUCUCUAGCAUUCCUAAGAUCUCUUCAUGCUUCAAGAAGCUACAUCAACAACUUGAUUGAAGAUUUAAAGUCCCAUGGCUUGACAGAGCACCCAGAACCAUGCUCGGCCCAAACCUCGUUGAGUCUCGAUCAGCAACUGGACGAGCUUUUCGUCCCAUACCUAGUUGGCAAUUCAUAUAUCGAUAGAGAAAGGAAGAGUUUGGAAGAAUUAUAUUCGUCGCUGCUCUUCAAAUACACAAUAUAUCAUUCGCGGCGGAAGAAGGGUCCUACUGGGUUUAUGGCAUCCCUGGCUCAACAGGGCACACAACUCUUGGCAACUGCAAAAGACGCUUAUAUCGACCGUCUGGACUCCUCGGAGCUCACUCCGACCCAAAAGGCCAUGAUGUUGCGGGUUGCCGGCCUUCGAGAUCAAGACAACACCGCAAAGAACGAAAUUGAGGUCACUGAUGAAGAUGGAGUGCUGAGUAUUCCAAACGCCAAACGGAUGCUGAAGUGGCUGGCCGAGGGUGUCCGGCGAGCACUUGAGCUUGGAAGUGGCAGCGACACACCAAAAGAUGUCGCGGCUCUGCUCAACCUACUCUUAAUUAGCAUGGGUCAGGUUUAUAUCGAGACUGCUUUGGAUGCAGCAGCAGACCAAGCAGUCUCUCAAGAAACUGUGAAGACGGAACCAGACCUUGCAUAUCUACCAUCUUUACAACCUGCCAUCACCAUCACCAACAUCAUGUCACGAUUCAUCAACACUGUCCUCAUCCGGCUUGCCGAGUCAAAUACCACCGUACGCCGCGGAAUGGAACUGCAAACAAAGGCGGCUGUUGAAAGAAUUGAAUCGAAGACAAACAACACUGUGAAAAGCACUCUCACAGUGGUAUUAAAUUGGGUUGCGAAGUUGCUAGCAGGCCAGAAAAAGGCCGAUUUCCGGCCCAAGGAUAGUGAUCUUGAUGGCUCUGGUGGAGGCCCUGGAUAUCUUGAGACAUUGCAAACAUCUACAUGUUUCUCAAUCUGCACGUUCGUCAGCAAAGUAGCUACACUCGCCGGUCAAGCUAUCGAUGGCCAGAACCUUGAGGUUUUUAGCUCUGAGCUCGCCAUUGGUAUACGAGACCUCCUUUUUGAGCACUUCAAGAAAUUCCAGGUUAACGCAACUGGCGGUUUGAUGGUCACGAAGGAUAUCUCGAAAUAUGUAUCAACACUAAAAGAUUGGAAUUUAUCGAAGGAAGCUGAAGGUGGUGUAGAAGUGCUCAAUGAGAUUGGUAACAUAUUUAUCAUUGGCCCCGAGGCUUUGAAAGAGAGGUCGAGGAACUUCCAGACUGGUGGUACUGGGAAGAAGCUGCAGAAGGCUGAUUUCAGAGCCUUUAUCAUGAGACGAGAUGAUUCCGGGAGUGUCGGAAUUCAAAGCGUACUUGCUGGGCUAUGA